CAUCAGCAGGCUCCCGGACGACAUCCGCGGCACCAUCAUCUCCCUCCUCCCCACCAAGGACGGCGGCCGUACCCAGGUCCUCUCCCGUCGAUGGCGCCACCUGUGGCUCUCCGCGCCUCUCAACCUCGAGGAUGCCUUCCACAGACUGCUCUCUUGCUGCCAUGCCUUGGAGAGCUUAUACAUGGCCGAAGUUCGUGCCGCGGGUUGCCUCCGUGUCAGCUCGCCGACUAUUACGACCAUCAUCUUCCGUCAUAGCUCUAGUGAAAAAACGGAACUGGUCAUCGAAGAUGCUCCCUGCCUUCUAAGGUUACUAUUAACUGGUUGUAACAGAGAUGAUUGUGUCACUGUCAGGGUGAUUAGUGCGCCUAAUCUGAAGAUAUUGGGCCCUUUCUUGGUUGUGGUCUCCAAGCUCCUACUCUUCCAGGGAAUAAACUCAGUCAGCUCCACAAACUCGAUGCGCACCUUGAAGGUUUUGGCUCUCAAGCCUUCUGGAGAUAAAUUGCUUGCAGUUCUAAACAUCCUUAGGUGGUUCCCCUGUUUGGAAAAGCUCUGUAUUAUCUUUCAUAAACAAUAUGAGAUGCAUGAGGAAAAUGAGCCUCAGUAUAACCUGCUGUAUCCAAUCGAAUGCCUUGAGUCCCAUCUCAAAAAAGUGGUGUUUAAGUCAUUCCAGGGCUAUAGGAGACAGGUUGAAUUUGCCAGGUUCUUUGUAUUGAAUGCAAAGGUGCUAGAUAAGAUGGAAUUUGAAGUAUAUAAUCACUACCGCAGUGAAAUGGUGGCUUAUGAAUAUAGGCUGCUACAAGUGGAAAACAGAGCUUCUCGACAUGCUCGGUUUGAAUUCAGGACUACAUCCAUGCCCAUAAACAUGUCCAUGAUUUCUCAGUGGUUGCCCUUCAGACCCAUACACAGGGUUGAUGCCUGAAGAUUGCACUGUCUUGUGCUCAUUUUGUAGAUGGCAUUGAUGCCUAAAGAUUGCAUUGUCUUCCGCACAAGUCUGCUCUAUUUCUAGUCUAAAGUUCCUCUGUAAUGAUUCCAGUAACUUAUGAAGUUACCCCUGUUAAAACUGCAAAAGUUCUUGGAUGCAAAUAUAGUGCACCGUGGAAUAUUUCUGUGGGAGGAUCUAAAAAUUUUA